UUCUCGGCUUUCGCCCCGCGCCGCCGAUAGGGGGCGUCCGCGCUCUCGGCGCCGCGACUCUGCUAGAAGGCGCCGCCCGCGCCGGGCAGCUGGAGCCGCAACUCCGGGCGCCGGCUCAGUCGUCCUCUCUGCCGCCGCCGCCGCCGCUGCCGCCGCGGGGCGCGGGCUCGCUCGUCCCUGCGCUCGCGCUCUCGGGCCGCCGGCGUCUCCCGGCCGGGUCGCCUCCGCGCUCGCGCAAGUUUUCCUGGCUCCUGGGCUCCUGAGGACUGUGCUGGAGCAGAUGGAUAAUGGAGACUGGGGCUAUAUGAUGACUGACCCAGUCACAUUAAAUGUAGGCGGACACUUGUAUACGACGUCUCUUACCACGCUGACGCGCUACCCGGAUUCUAUGCUUGGAGCUAUGUUUGGGGGUGACUUCCCCACAGCCCGAGACCCUCAAGGCAAUUACUUCAUUGAUCGAGAUGGACCACUUUUCCGAUAUGUCCUCAACUUCUUACGGACUUCAGAAUUGACACUCCCCCUGGACUUUAAGGAGUUUGAUCUGCUUCGGAAAGAGGCUGAUUUCUACCAGAUUGAACCCUUGAUUCAGUGUCUCAAUGACCCUAAGCCUUUGUAUCCUAUGGAUACUUUUGAAGAAGUUGUAGAGCUGUCUAGUACUCGGAAGCUUUCUAAAUAUUCCAAUCCUGUGGCUGUCAUCAUAACACAAUUAACCAUCACCACCAAGGUCCAUUCCUUACUAGAAGGCAUCUCAAACUAUUUUACCAAGUGGAAUAAGCACAUGAUGGACACCAGAGACUGCCAGGUCUCCUUCACCUUUGGACCAUGUGAUUACCACCAGGAAGUUUCCCUCCGGGUCCACCUGAUGGAAUAUAUCACAAAGCAAGGCUUCACGAUCCGCAAUACUCGGGUGCAUCACAUGAGUGAGCGGGCCAAUGAGAACACAGUAGAGCACAACUGGACUUUCUGUAGACUGGCCCGCAAAACGGAUGACUGACUUAUGGUUAGCCCUCAGAGAACUUCCGGCAAGCUCACGUUUUGGGAUAUGGAAGAGACUGUUCUUGUUUUUAGUGUGGGCCCUCUUUUUUUUUCUUCAGUAUUUGUAUUUAUUUGAUGGAAUUGAGGACCAGAAGGAAGUUUCAUGUGUGAGCAGUCUCCUCCCUGUUUGUUCCCAAGUAUGCAUGUGCCUGUUCAGAGUCUCUAGAAACCUUUUUUAUAAAAAGAGAUCUGAAAAUCAUUAUGGUAUAUAAUCAACCCUUAACAGUGCUAAAAUGAUUUCUGAUAACAUGGUCCCUGACUCGACUGGAAGGCUAAAAAUACAGGAAUAAAAGAUUAAAGAAGGUAUUUAUGAUGUCUUUGAGAAAGAUCAGACUAUCAUGUAGGGUGACCUAGUUUCCAGACCAGUAGGCAGUGGUAGUAGUAAAGGAAGACUGGCCGGUCAUCUCAAGGUACUUGUUAAGGACUGCUUUCUACAGUUUUAACAACUGUUUCUUUCUAUGCAUAUAAAUCAAGCAACCAAAUAUCUGUAGCCAUGGAAAUGUCUGACUAGAAAUAUUUAUAUUGGAUUCUCAGUACGAAAUGUCUCUGUGGUAGAAACCUUAUGCCUGGUACAGUUUCAUUCUUAAGGGUACUGUCUACCAGGAAAGAAAACUCUAAUAAAAAAUGGAAUAUGAAUAUCAAGGGUUGUAUUUAUUGCUGUGUAAGAGGAAAAUUAUAUUCUUUGUUGAAAGUAUGCAUUGUGUGGCGACUUCCCUGUUUUAGGGGAAUCGUAGACCUCUGUGGUUUUGGCUCUAGGGAAGACAAGACACCUUUUUCUUCUUCUCUGUGCGACUGUUCCAAGAUUGUCUCUUUGAAAAUUUAAGAUUUGAUAAAUUAUCCCCUCCCUACCUCAUACCAAAAUCACCACAAAAACUCAAAACUACCUCAUCUUCAAACUAAGAUACCUUAAUGUUAUUAGCAGGUUGCUAUAGCUUUGGUGUAUUGAUGAACGGGUGAGAAGAGGUUACUGUUUGGAAUAUAUGCUCCAAUUGUAAACUAAUAAAGGGUUUCCUAAAUAAA